UCAAAUUAAGCCCCGCCCCUCGCAUAAGGCAGACAGACAACACGAACACGUUGCGACGCCCGCACAGCACACACACACGCGCGCCAGUCAACCGCGCUUUUAGGCGAGGCAGUUUUGGCGGACUUGAACCAAACUUUUUUGGUAGAGGCAUGACGUUCCGGAGGCUAAAGAUGGUCGAUUCAAGCGGGCCGGACUAUGCUGCGGCGUCUUCCCCGGACAACGGCGUCUAUUUCCCGUCGUCCCAGUCGGACAGCUGCGGGCGGACCGCGCCGCUCAACAACGUCGCCUCCGAGGUUUAUAACUACAAGACGCUAGCUUACUCCGGAGGGACUUUGCCCAGAAAUUUGAGAAAGGCUGGCGGCUCACAGAAAUGGAAGCCACAAAUUCAAUCACCUCAAGAACCUCAAAGGAAGCUGGUGGUGCUAGAGAAGGCGGAUGAGCAAACGUUUGGUUUUGAGAUUCAGACUUACGGCUUGCAUCAUCAGGACCAAAACACGGUGGAGAUGUGCACAUUCGUGUGCAAGGUGCAUGACGACAGCCCGGCCCAGCUUGCUGGUCUUAAAGUUGGCGAGACCAUCGCAAGUGUCAACGAGAGCCUUGUAGAAGGAUUUCGCCACAAGGAGAUUGUCCAGCUCAUCAAAGCGUGUGGAAACACACUCAGGAUGGAGACGAUUUAUAGCGAUUCUAUCCGGAAAGCUGAGCUGGAGGCGCGACUGCAGUAUCUGAAGCAAACCCUCCAUGAGAAGUGGGAUGAAUAUCGCUCGUUAAUGGUGCAGGAACAGAGGCUUGUCCACGGUAUAGUGAUGAGCGACGCAUCCGUGUACGAGUCCCUAGAGUCGGCAGGCGUGUACGGCAGCCUGGGAGCACCUAGCCCCGCCGCUCCCCGCGCCCUCCACUGCACCGGAAGUGCCAGCAGUAGCGCCAGCAUCCUCAGCACGGCCACCGAGGACGACCCGCUCUACCAGACGUGCCUGUACCACGCGGGCGACUCGGACACAGGCGAGGGUAAACGGUGUAAACAACCGUCGCCAGUGAGAAAACAGCGCCUGCGGCCCGCCAGCGAGCUGUUUGCCUCGGCCAAGACGCAGCUAACACGUAGCGCCAGCACUCGCAGCUACACGAGGGGGCCCUCACAGGGGCCCGCGGCUGUCGACAAGCUGCCAGUCUUCAGCUCGCUACAGAGGAAACACAGAAGCUUCCGGAGGCACUUCCUCAAGUUCAUCCCAGGCUUGAACAGGCCACUAGAGGAGGAGGAGAGCAAACUGUGACAUCACCUAAUCUCAAGACUGAUUGUCUCAAAAGCAUAAAGCGACCAAAGGCUGCUUGCCAGCUGCCAAUGUUCCACAGCUGUAUAGAACUUUUAAGUUAUUUAUUUAUUUUAAAUGCGUCAGGCAUCAAGUUCAAAGUGAAGUAGUUGGGUUUUUUCGCCUGUUUUUACUGCAUGCAGACUUUUCUUGACAGCUGACAAAUCAUUCAUUUUGCAACCGGUUUUGUAAGUUUGAUGUAUGCUUUAAAAGACUCACAGAUUUUUCUGCCAAAAACAUUUGUUCCAAAAAAUAAAA